AUGGCCCUUGCCAUCGUGUCCCUGCUUGCGCUCGCCGCCUGCUCAUCGGACGACGGAGACGAGGUCGACCGCCGGUUGGCCGAGAGCUUCCUGCGCAACAGUCCGACCUUCCGCUUCGACGGACUCCCCCAAAGCGUGGAGUUGAUAGACCGUGCGGACGGGGACUGCGAGACGACCGACCUCCCCCUCGCCGCCGCCGUCACGCCGCACGAGGCGAUCAUCUCCAUCGAGGAAGGUCUCGUCACCGGAGCGCGAAUCGACAGUAUCUGGGACGUGAUUGAGCAAAGUCCAAUCGUCCGCACCACGACGGCUGAAGACGGCAGCCAGGACAGCGUCUCCGCAUUGCUCGACUCCCCAUUCGAGCUGCACAUCGGCCAAGAGGCCGUCGUCGGCGCAGAGGGCCUCAAGAUCACCUUCGUCGACGUAUCAGAGGACUCCCGGUGUCCCGCGGCCACCAACUGCGUCGUCUCAGGCCUUGCGAAGGUACGCCUCGACGUGAUCGCAGGGGAACGGCCCCUUGGUAUGCACGAGUUCGUCCUCGAUCAGCGCACGAUCGGGGGUACCGCAAGAGGCAUCGGGCAGUACGUGUUCUCGAUGCGUGAACUGAACCCCUACCCCGGCACCGAUACCGCCCCCUACGCGGCUAUCUUAGUGGUGAGCAAGGUCGUAGCGGCGUAG